AUGGCUUCCGUUCUUCUUCUCAUCGUUUUCAUAUUACAACUGUUCAAGCCCUCUUACACUUGUUGCAAUAAACCACCAUCUCCGCCGCCACCGCCGCCUCCCGCGGCCCCUUCCACAGACUGCCCACCACCUCCGCCUCAACCGCGACCACCACCGCCGCCACCGCCAGGUAACAAUCCACCCCCGCCGCCUCCUGCCCCUUCAACAGUCUUCAAUCAGCCGCCACCGCUGCAACCACUACAACCAACGCCACCACCACCAGUAACAUGUUCGGUAUUGCCGGCUCCACCACCGACGAGCCUUAACGGGGAUGCAAAUGCUCCACCUCCUCCAAACCCUAUAUUACCAUAUUACCCAUGGUACUACUUGACUCCACCGGGAGUACCACGGUGCCGCUCACACGGAACAUCUCUCGGACAAUCAUCGAUAUCUAUAUUGCCGGUUCUCUUCUUCUUCUUGUUUCUCCUUUAA